AUGGCGCUCACGAACUUCAUCCUCACGGUGGUGGGGGUGGGCGCGGCGGUGAUGCUGCUGCGGAAAGACGUGAAGCAGUCGGCCACCAUCUUCCGCCGCAACGUGCGCCACAUCCGCAACUGGCUCGAGGAGGAGUCCGCCGCCGCCGCCAAGUACGCUCCUUUGUCUCCAUGUCUUUUGUGCUCUCGCGUCUAUCUAUCUAGUAGUCUCCACGUCCCGUUCGUCGGCCAUUGCGGCGGCUGA